CAUGCAUCAGAGAAUUGGACAGUGCAAUGAAGAAAACUACCCUCACAUCAAACCAGAGGAAGACUUCCAGGUGAAUUCUGAUGCAAUCAUUUACCAUGGCCAUAGCCUUCUACAUUUAGCUGUAGCCAACAGAUAUCACCAAACUCUAAUACACCUGCUGAAGAAUGGAGCCAAUAUAAAUGACAGGGAUAGGUUAGGCCAAACUGCUCUUCACCUAGCUUCUGAAAUCCUCGAUCAGCAGGCAAUUACCAUGUUACUCCUCUGUGGAGCGAACACCAAUCUCACAACUCCAGAUACCAAAGAAACUCCACUCCACUUCGCUGUCUGGUCUUCAGCCUGCAAGGCUGGCAUAGUCUUAGCUGCAGGUGAUAAGUGUGUUAAGCUACUGCUGUGCAAUGGAGCAGAUGUACACAUGAAAGACUGGGAAGGGCAAGAAGUUAUUCACAGCGCUUGCCGAAGUGGCAGAAGAGAUAUAAUAAACCUCUUGCUUGAUAAUGACGCAGAUGUUAACGCUUUAACACAGGAAGAGGAGUCUGCACUUUUCCUAUUUCUUGAAAAAGAGACCAAUCUAAGGCAGGGAGACGUACUGAAGAGAUUGCUAAGCUUAUCAUAUCCUUUGAAAUUAACAAACAGGGAAGGUCGUUUACCCAAAGCACUCAGCCAUCCAUGCUGUGGACUGCUGAAAGAUAUGCUCUUGAGAGUGUCUUCAGAGGUCUUGUCUUUGCAGGAUAUUUGCAAAUUCAACAUCAGGAAAGUAUAUCGAGGUAACAUGAAAUUCUGGCUAAGAGGAGUGAUUCCAACCAGCUUGUGGCAUUCCAUAUACAUCAAUCAAGAGUUCUCCUAUGCUUCAAAAAUAAAUUAUUUUUGAUUUACUGUGCAACACACAUUUUGGAACACUAUCAGACAAGAAGAGCAGAAAGAGGGGCCCGUAAUGCUUUCAAAAAUAAGCUUGCUUAUUUAAAUUAAAUAAAAUUUGAAGGAAAAAGUACCGUAGUGAGAAACUUGAAUUUGGCUUUAUCUUCUGAAGCAUUACUAAUUCUCUCGAGUGUUAAUUGAAUAACAUCCACUUAAACCAGUCUGUUAGGGUAAAAGAUUUGUAAGAAUAAUGGGAGUGGAUUUCUACAUACAAAAAGUUCCACUUGUACGGCAGGGUUUCUUGGUCAUUAUUAAGAUUCUGAUUAUCAUAACAAUAGCUCCCUUGAUGCAAUGGAAUCAGCUCCCAAAGCUCGGAAUGAAAUCACAAAUGCAAAAGGAUUCACCAGGUCAGGGCUAUAGGCAUCUCAGCUUUAUUUUCCAUUAUUACUUCUUCUUCCUCUUCCUCCUCCUCCUUCCUCCACUUCCUU